AUGGACGACCCUGAACUUCCUGCCGCUUUACGCACUUUGCAACCUGCGGCGCUCCAAGCACUUCGUCACCCCCACGCGCAGAGCUCGCAGAUCUUAGCUUCGCAAUUGGCCCCGGAAUUGCGAGCGCUCAGCUCCAGUGAUCCUUUCCAGCGUCAAGUGCAGGCUGAAUUAGCGUCAGCUUCCACCAUUCGAGGGCAUAGCCAGCACCAUAUUCAUCCUCGUCAGAUCUUCGAAUCAGCUCAGCCCCACCACUUCCAUCCUUCUCAGGCGCUUCGUCAAGCCCACGCCCUGCCAAAUCACACACAUGGCGCCCGGCAUUUCGGCAUUUUUACAACAGACUCAAGCCCGGAGAAUCAGCGAGCGAGUCCACAAAAUGCCGUUGAGCGCACGCAACAAGAAGAGAGCUUGUUCCCGAGCCCGGAGAAUACUGACAAAAGAAGCCAAGGUCAUUUCGACAGCCUGAAAAUAGUUCCAAACCCGCCAAACCUGGGAGUGUGGAGACAGAAGCUUUUUGAUGUCGAUGACACAAUAACCUUAACUGAAGAAGAUUUUCAAAUCUAUUUUCCUCAUAUCGACAAUGUGUAUUCCCACCGUUCAACACAACGAUACAAACGGAAACCAUUCGUUUCUCAUUACUGGGAUUGUCGUAUGAAAGGCCGACCGCCAGGAACACCAAAGUCGGAUGACCCUAAUAAGAAGAAAAGGAAGCGCACGGCUCGCCCAAGGGAUUUAUGCGAUGUCAAAAUCAAGAUUACAGAGUUCUUUCAAGAUGCCUUGCCAAUUCCCAAUUUCAGUCAACCUCUCCCGUCUCACCAACUUGAUGCGGACAACAGUGGUGAUUUCUAUGCAUCAGAUCAUGCUGGAAAUCAACAAUCCCAAGUGCCUUUUGGGAUGCUGUCACCCACUCCGCAAAGUAGACUUCCAAGCCAGUUACCGUUACGCGGAACAAGAUACUACACGAUUCAGAGGGUGAACGGUAAUGGCGGCAACGGUAAAGGUGAUGGAAUAGCUGGCCCACAUAAACAUACACUGGAAGAAAGCGAUCGUAUCAAGAAGAAUAGUGUCAUGAGGCACAUUCUCAAAGAAGAGCGAGAAAUCAAAAAGGUUCAGACUUUGCCUAUGAUCAUUUUGCCCUUCGUCCGCGGAUUCCGAUUAUCCGCAAACCCCUCGUUCGUUACGACAUUUAGUCAUCACUCCUCCCCCAAGUCCAUUCCAAACCCUCUUAAAGCGAUACAAACUCCGAGCCUCGUGGAGCUUUCAUAUCGCACAUUGGCAACUAUGGCUGACAAGAAGGACUCGGAACAGAAAACUUACCAUAAGAAAGCUACUGGUGAUGCACUUAAUACAGUCAAGAAACGCUCCAAGGAGCAUGAUCUCAAACUAUUUGGCGGUUGCUUUUGUCCCUUUGUGCAACGAGUCUGGAUAUCUCUGGAAUUGAAGGGUAUCCAAUACCAGUAUAUCGAAGUGGAUCCAUAUAAAAAACCGCAGUCAUUACUGGAAGUCAAUCCACGUGGCUUGGUGCCGGCACUCCGCCAUGGCGAUUGGGGUUGCUAUGAGAGUACAGUUCUGAUGGAAUAUCUUGAGGAUCUCAGCACAGAUCAUGCGCUUCUUCCGCCUAAUGAUCCUCAGCGUAGAGCCUAUUCCCGUCUAUGGUCGGAUCACAUCAAUCGGCAUAUCAUUCCCGGGUUCUAUCGCGUGCUGCAGGCUCAGGAGAUGGAGAAACAGAUUGAGCAUGCGGGGAACUUAAAGACAGAGAUCUCAAAGCUCGUCGAGGCAUCUGACCCGGAAGGACCUUUUUUCCUCGGUCCUGCGAUAUCUUUCGUUGAUGUACAAUUCGCACCUUGGAUUCUACGGCUACGACUAGUCCUCAAGCCUUACCGCGGUUGGCCAGAUCCCGAAGAGGGUAGCCGCUGGAGCAAGUGGGUUAAAGCCAUUGAAGCUCACGAGGCGGUCAAGGCCACCACAAGUACUGAUCAGUUAUAUAUCGACAGUUACGAGCGUUAUGCGGAAAAUCGGCCAAACACAUCCCAAGUCGCCAAUGCUAUCAACGCCGGAGGCGGAUUACCCUGA